UAUUUUCAUUGAUAAGUAUUUUUGUUGCGGCAAAGUUUAGCAAGUGUGCUGGAUCCACGACAGAGUGUAAACAAACAUGGCAACGUCAUUAGAAGAGCGCCUUAAACUUAAGCAAUAUCAAGUAGACACAUGGACAACCAGAGAACAGCUAUGUCUUGCAUCAGCUGUUAUGCGCAGUGGCGACCAAAACUGGGUUGCUGUAAGACGCAAUAUAAAGAUGCUGACUAAUGAAACUAGUCGGCCUCCUGACUGGUAUUCAACAAAAAACUGUGCUCUACAAUAUGCAAAAUUACUGGAGUGUGUAGACACCCCAAAAAGAAAGAGGGAACGUGGAGAUGCAUCCAAUGAAACGCCAGGGGAAAUUGUCACCAAAAUGUUAAGUAAACAGCGUGUAGAAGAGCUUCGUGCAGCUGAAUCAGAGGAGCGAACAGAAUAUAACAAACUGAGGCGGGAAAUACAGCAACUUGAGGAUGGAUUACUUGAUAACCAGCUUGAUGCAUUUUGGGAAGAAUUACAAAGAGAAAGAGCUGAGCAGGAGGAAGAAGAGAGGAAGCACCAACAGUGGCUCAAGGAACGUGAGGAGAAAAUAACAGCAAUCCAACAAGCUUUGAAACACCAAGGCCCAAAGGUACCAGUACUCCCAAACAAGAAAAAGCAGAAACUGCAGUGGUCAGGAGGAUUAUCAAUGGGUAGAAGAAACAGCGGGGUCUCAGAAACCUCAUCCGAGGUUGACAGUGCAGUUGACAGUCCAGAAAUAAGUGAGACUGUAACUGAAAGUCCGGCUCCAGACGAAAGUGUGUCACAAGAACCAGAACCAAAGCCAACACCUCCCUCUCCACUGUUGUCUUCACUCCUCAAUAAGUCUCCUAUUACUGGUGCAUCAGGAUCCUCUACAUCUCCUUUGCCUCCAUUGAAUCUUGGCAACAAAAGUGGAAGAGGAAGUGGGGUCUCUAUGGCACUUCAGAACCUGGUCAACUCGGCCAUCUCAGGGACAGAUGCUAACAAAGACACUUCUGCAAAGACCAGUAGAAGCCCAAGCUUAUCAGGAUCAUCAACUUUGUCACGCCUUCUAGACCUGCCUCCAAGCACUCCAGGAACUGCAUUGCCCAGACUACCUGAUAUUUGUGGACCAGUAACUGAGUCUAAAGAUGAGGAAAAUUGUGGAGGUUCUAAUGCACAAAAAUGUGAGGAAGAAAAAAAGGAAGAUAGUAAAGACUGCCCAAAUGUUGAAGAGACCAGAGAGAAAGAGCAGAAACCUAAGGCAGAUGAAGUACCUAAAGAAGAUGAUACUGCAGAAGCAAUGGAGGUAGAAGAGAGCAAGGAAAGCAAAGUUGAAGAAAUCAAAAUGGAAAUGCAAGCUGAAGAGAGCAGAGGUGAACAAGAACUCCAAGAAGAACAGGCAGAGAAGGCUGAAAAAAUUGAAACACUGAAGGAAGAAAAGGAAAAAGUGGAGAGCAAAGAGACAGAAGAUGUUAUGGAGACGCAGUUUAUAGUACAAGAAAAAGCAGAAGAGAAAGUGAAAGAAUCUGAGCAUCAUGAACAAGAAGAAAAAGAGAAGCAGGUCCAGCAGGAUUCGGAGCAAGAAGCCUCUUCAAGCAAGGAAUUGGAGCAGCCCACAAAGCGCCCAGGUCAUCGUGGUCGCAAGAAAACUAAUAACACUGUUUUGUCACCCCAAAGUACCACCAUCACCACAACCACCACUACUACUACCACCACCACUCCCAAGUGCAGUGAACCUGCAAAAGUCAGUGUCCCCACCUCUCCAACUUUGGACAAGGUUGCAUCCCCAGUCUCUUCUGCCAUUGUUCCCACCAUCACCCCUAGUCCACCACUGGCUGCCAGUAAAAUUGACCCCAACUCUGAGUGUGAAAAGAGUAAAACCCCGUCUUCACCAAAGCUUGCUGGCCUCCCCACUGCAGCUGCGGAAAAAGACAAUGUCCCCAUCCAAGGAACACCCACAAAAGAUGUGAAGGGGGACAUCUCUCUUGAGGACAAAGGGGAUGUAAAGAAGGCAGAGGAGAAACCUGACAAAGAAGCAGAUGGCAAAGAUAUCAAGAAAAAAGAACAGAAGCAUGACAAGUUUGAUGAGUUAUUGAGAGAAAAAGACAAGAAAAAAAAGGAAGAGAAAUGCCCAAAACAGGAAGAACCAAACAAAGAGAAGGAAAAGGAGAAAGAGAAAGAGAAGAAGGAGGAUAUAAGUAUUGUGAAGAAACCUGAUGAAAGCAAGCCACCUAAAAGUGAAGACAAGGAAAUAAAAGAAGAAAAGCCUGUAGUCAGUGAUUCAGAAAAGAAAAAAGAAAAUAAGAAAAAUGAAGACAUGAAGCCAAAGGAAAAGAAAAAGGAGGAUGAAAAGGCAAGUUCCAAGAAGAGGGCAGAGGAAGAUGAAGAAAGAGCCAACAAGAAGAAGAAAACAGAGGAGGAGGAAGAAAAAAAUGCUAAAAGCAAGCCAUCUGAGGAGCAGAAACCAGUAGUGAAGAAGCCAGCUGAAGAAGAAAGCAAGGAAGUUGACACAGAAGAUAAAAAGAGCCUAAAAAAGGAACAGGAAGAGGAUUCCCAGGAUGGCCAAGAAAGCAAGGAUUGGAUGAGUGAAGUGGAAAGGAUCUUCGUCAGGAAUACAAAGCGCAAAGUAUCUGGAGGAGAUUUUGCUGGAUCAUCAUCCCCACUAAUAACAGAGUCUGCACCAAACUCUCCUGCUUCUACCCACUAUGGGGAUGAUCCUGAACAUGAACGAUCAUACAGAUCAUGGAAAAAACCCAUCAUGAUCUUGUGGAAUGAAAUUGCUGCACACAAGUUUGCAUCCUUAUUUUUACGGCCAAUUACUGAUGAUCAGGCUCCAGGAUAUCAUUCAGUGGUGUACAGGCCAAUGGAUCUUCAAACAAUCAAGAGAAACAUAGAAAGCGGAGUAAUAAGAAAUACAGCUGAAUUUCAACGUGACAUGAUGUUGAUGUUCCUGAAUGCAAAAAUGUACAACACCAGUGAUCAUAACGUUUAUCAUAUGGCUCACCAGAUGAUGAAAGAUACAGUUAGCACCAUAGAGGAAUUCUUGAAUACACAAAUGCUGGCUAGAGCAGAAGAGACUCCUCAGAAAUCCCUAAGGCGGGAAACUCGUGAGUCCUCAGCAAAGAGAAGUGAUGAUGAUCCGAAGAGGAAAUCAAGAGAUAGUCUUGAUGAGAAAAGCUUGAAGAAA